GUGGAAACCCCGUUGAGGUUCAGACAGGAAGUGCCUUUAAAGAGCGCGAUGAUGAAAGCCUUUUCCUUCCCGUCUCCGCAUCUGCGGCAUCGCCGUCGCCAUGCCGAAGCUGAGUAAAGAGGCAAAGCAGCGGCUGCAACAUCUCUUCAAAGGCGGCCAGUUCGCUAUCCGGUGGGGCUUUAUCCCCGUCGUGCUCUAUCUAGGCUUUAAGAGAGGUGCAGACCCUGGAAUGCCAGAACCAACCCUUUUAAGUCUGCUUUGGGGGUGAAGGAAUUUAACCAUAAUAUUCUGGAAGUAGGCACUGAACAAAUAAAAUUGCUGAAGAUGUAUACAUACCAUCUGUGGAGCUUUGGCACUGGUCAGCACUUCCCAGACAUCGUAGAAUAUGCUUACAACACAAUGGAAUUUCUCUCAAUCUAAUUUAUUUGUGUCACACUUUCAUUUUCUUUUGUU